AUGGUUUUUAUUUUAUCAAAAAUUAAUAUAUAAAUUUUAAUUUAAAGAAGGAAUAAUCUUUAUUAAUGUUUUCAAAAACAUUAAAAAAACAUUGCUAAAAUUAUAUAUCAUUUUACUUAACAAUCUAAAGAUGUUUGGUCUGAUGCUGAAUUAUUAUAUCAUCCAAAAAUUCCAUUAAAUUUCUAUAAUGUAUAAAUUCUAUUUAAUUUAGGGUUAAUGUUCUCUUUACUAAAGCUAAAUCUUUAACAGAUUCAGAACUUACUAUAUUUUGAUCUCUGCCUUUGGAAGAUAUCUCACUUAUUAUAGUAUUAAAAAAUUAUAUAAUUACUAAGAUAGAAAAUUUAUUGGAAUUCUUUUUUAUUUAGGUCUUUUGGGCAUAACUCUUUGUUCAAUGAGAUCUGUAUAAAGUUAAUAUCAAAGACUCUUAAUGUAAUUUAUAUUUGAAUAAUAAAAUAGAUCUAUUGAUUUGUUACCUUUAGGUAGAAAACUAUUAAUUUAACAACCUAGUUUAUAUGGAUAUUGUAUAUCAAAACAAAUUGAUAUUGCAACUAUUUCUAGACCAAAAGAUGUAUAUUAAAAAAGCAUAUAAAAAAUGGAACAUGUAUUUCCAGUUAUUAUGGAUACAUAACUUGUAUAUUUACACAGAGACCCUGAUUAUAUAGUUAAUAAAGGAAUUUUUGCCUGCAGUAAUGAAUGCUAAAUAUAUCAAAGUUGA